AUGGUGGCAAUUUCGCUCUACAGGGGGAAUCUGCACAGAGUUCCCGACGGUUCUCGCCGAUGGCUAAUGCCAAACCCUAAAAUUUCUCUCAAAGAUUUCAAGUCCCUUCUACUGCGUCGUUCCAAGUCCCUCUCUCGCCUUCGUACCAUCAUCACCACCUCCAAUCCGAACUCAAGCCGUAGCCCUAACCCUAGCCCUAACUCUCCCCCUAAAGCUCAAACUGAGGCUCCUGCUGUUGAUGGGUCUAUUCUUCCUGUUCAACCUGAAGCUAUAAAGGUCAGUGAGAAUGAAGAGGGGCCUUCACGGCAGGACAAAGAUCACAAAGAAUCUGAACUUGUUGGUCCUUCUUUCAAGAAACCGGAGGCGGGGACUGAUUCUUUUGUAGAUUCCAAGAUUAAAGUACCGGAGAAAGUUUUGGAAUCUGUCAAUGGUGGUGCGACUUCAACGAAAAAUCAGAUAGUGCUGAUCAGAGACAAAGGGGAUUUGUCAAGUGAGAAAGAGAAAAGGAGGCAGGAAGUUGAGGAUAAGUUACAAGUUCUGAAUGGGAAGAAACAUAAUUUGGUACUAGUGUUGAAACAGAUAUUAAAUGCAGAGGAAGAGUUGAAAAGACAAAGCAGUAUGCAAGGGACUGCUAUGCGCCCUUCCGUGACACUUCAAGCAGAUGGGACAAAUGAUACUGGAUCAAUAGGUAAACACGGUGCUCCAAGGAUCAGUUCAGAAGCAAACCUAGGUGAUGAUGUGGAAGGGGUUGCAGCUGAUGAUAUUCCAAAUCAUAAUAUCCCUUCUCGCCACAUGCUUCGUACGAGUAGCAUGUCACCUUCUUCAGAGUCACCUCUUAGGAGGACUCCUACUGUUCAACAAAAUGCGGUUCCACAUCCAUCUCGGGCAGGCUUGGGUACUACGGCUAGUCCAUCCCGCUUUGCACUGUCAGGACAUCAAACGAAUCCCGUGAACCCACCUUCAGUAUCUGCAUCAGGAGCAAGUUACAUUGCAUCAUCCCCUUCUCCAGCAGCAUCUGGUGGCACUUCCGUUUUCAGAGAUGCUCGGCAGACAAGCCCCUGGAACUAGGACUUUGGUUUGAAACUUGGAGACCUUAUUUCUGUAUCCUCAUGGUGUGUAAUCAGCAUUUCCCUACGGGGGAAAUGGGGGAGAGGGGAGGGGAGAGAAAAUUUUCAUGAACUUGAUUUGAAAAAUUGAAGAAGUGGGGUUAUAAAAUUUUAAUUAAAAAAAUAAAAUAAAAGAGUAAUAAAAAUUAAUCAAAAGCUUUUAACCCCAUUUAUUCAACUUUUCAUAUUAAGUUCAUCAAAAUUUUUCCUCUCUUCCAUUUUUCUUGUACCAAACCAGCCAUAAGUCUAGCCAUACCUGUGUCUUAGAAGUGAGAAUCCUCUGCAUUAUUUAGCUUCCCCACUUCUUCUCAUGGGACUGUAAAAAAUACAAGAUCAAUCCAAUACUUGUUAAAAGUCGCUGUAUCAUGCCGUUUCACCUAUGAACUCAUGUCAAAUUAGAUGUUGGCAUGUUGUAGACCUAUGUUGUACAUUACUAUGGAAAAUAGGAAGAUGUAUCUUGGCGUUGGCCUCUUUCCAGUAUGA